CGGAUCGAGAGGAUUGGCAUCGUAUAAGAGAAUAGAGAAGAACAUCCUGGAAGUUUAGGGAGAACAAAAAUUACUGUUCAAUGAGUUAUUAAUCAGAAUAUAAAAGACAUGAAUCUGCAUUAUUUCAUUUCUGUGGUUAUAUGGAUAGCAACCGUGACAGCGACAUUGGAAUCUGAUUCCCAUGAAAACUGGAGCAACGAAAAGAAUGAAUCCCAGCAAUUUUCCAUGCAAGUAGUUCAACCAUAUGUUCUACCUUUAAAAAUAAAAAGCAUGUUAGAAAACAUUUCAAAUGAAUCGUUGGAUAAUAUUUCAAAAUUAGGAAGAAUUAAUCAAAGUGUAACUAACGAAACAGUCACAGUUCAAUAUAUUCCUUCUCAAGAAGUCAUUGUACAAAAUUUAACAACCACUAAAUAUUCUCUUCAGAAUAUUGGCUCCAAUGAUCUUCGUCAAAUAAAUUCCAAAGAAAAUAUAGAUGAUGAAGGCAUAAAAGAAUUUGGGCAACGAGUUCGUUCAUUGAGAUCAAAAAACAAUGAAAAUCAUGAUCGACUAAAACAGUUUUUCAAUAUUCCACCUCCUGAGGAUCAUAGAGAACAUUAUAGAAAAAAUUUUCGUUCCUACGAAAAACUAAAUAAUUCAGAUAAUAAUCACAAUGCAUUCUCGAAAGAUCAACAUUCUUUUACUUUAACAAAAAUUACAAAACUUCAGAAAACUUUAAAACAAAAAGAAACCGAAGAAGACUAUACCGAUAAUCCAACUAUAAUUAAAAACACUUUUACAAGUACUUUUGCUCCUAUAGUAUCGGUUUCUUUGGGAAAAUUUUCUGGACCAAUAGUAGUUCCUGAUUUCCCACAACAAAAGAAAUAUUCUUAUGCAAAUACAGAUAAUUAUACUGAAAGCAAUGAAAUAUCAAAAUCAACCAUAAAACCGCUAAAAUCAAAAGUGUCAGAGAAUGGUUAUUUAGCAGCAUCAACUAUUAUUUUAAAUCCUCUUCAAGUUGGUGUUGCCUUGAUGAAUGCAGGACAGGAUCUAAAUUCAGUCAAUGAUCAAGAUACUUUGACAAAAUUGUAUCUUCAAAAUCAAACUAAUACUGUAAAAGCUACUGAAAUUGAUAGUGAAAGUUUAAUUCAAAGUGAUGUUUCAGAUUUUAAGAACUCCAGCUUCCAAAAUGAUCAAAUAUCACAGCAGAAUUCUGAAGUAGUGAUCACAAACUCACCAUCCCAAUUAGUAGAGAUUCAAAAAUCAGUGGAAAUAUUUCAUACAGCACCUAUCCAAGAAAUUCAUUAUCCUGUGGAAUUUGUACCUAAUAUUCAACAGCCUUUGAUAAAACAACAUCUUCAAGAAGAUUAUAAAAAACCCGUAAAAAAUCAAUUCAAAGAUCAAAAACUAAGUCAGAUUAAUGUAUAUAAAAAUAAUGAGAUUUUGGACGAAAAUAUUUCUCCAAAUAAUCAAGAACGCAAUCGUUAUGAAUAUACCUCAAAUGAAAAUGAUAUUAUUUAUUCGGCAAAUAGUGAUCAAAUUAAUCAAACCUUAGCUAAUAUUCAUCCUGUGGAAACUAAAUCCACUACUGGAGCUAAGGAACAAAUAAAUACUGCUCAGUAUAAUCAAAUAAUAAUUAAACAAUCUAGAUUUCAAGGAUAUCCUGAAACUAAUGUUAAACAAAAUAACUAUGAAAUACCGAAAAAAUCAAUCUCCAUUAUUCCACAGCCAAGAGGAAUCGAUAAUUUAUCAAGUCUGACUAAUCAAGAAAAUCUUCAAGGAACUCAAGAAUUGUCUCAAGUUCUGUUAACGAAGGUUACAAGUGAACUACCAACUGAACAAAAGUUUUUAAUGUCAGUACCACAAUCAUAUUCUGUAGAAAAAAAUAUUCAUCAUCCAGUGGAAAUAAUAGAAAAGAAGGUACCAUUCUCAAUGGAGAAAGUAAUAGAAAAACAGAUAACAAUUCCUCAGCCAUUCCCCAUACACAUACCAAUAGAUAGAAUUAUAGAAAAACAAAUACGAAUCCCAUAUCCUGUGCACGUGGAGAAGGUAGUUGAAAAAAAAGUACCAAUUGCUAUUCAGAAAUUUGUUAUACCCCUGCCAAUUCACUUCAGAGUUCCUCAACCUAUUCCAAUUUCGGUAGAAAAAGUGAUAGAAAAAUCUAUUCCGAUUCCAGUACCAGAAAAAAUUUUACCUAGACCAUAUUCUAUGGAAAUUGAAAAAAAUAGACCAUUUUCUUUAGAAAAUACCAAACUUGUUAAAUUAAAUUCACUUUAUAAUAUACAAGGUGAUUAUCAGCAACCAUUAAGACAGAAUUUCCAAUCCUUAGAAUCUUAUGAUAAUGAACAGGAUUAUUAUAAUUCAACGAUGCAGUAUUAUGAUCAAGAGUAUUUAAGCUUAAAUCGUCCUCAUACUAGGCAACCACCAUUAAUACACAUGUUACCAAAGAAGUUUGUACCACAUGGAAUUCAAUAUCCAUCUCAUUCAAUGACUUAUUCGAUGAAUAAUGGUAAUUUAAUUGCUUAUGGAAGAAUUUCAGAGAAAGAUAAGGUCAAAAAUGAAUACAUGGGUUCAGUACCACGAAAAUUGCAAACUUCUUUUGGGAUACAAUCGAAAUCUUUAUAUUCAUCAUCAGAUAUACAGACAACUUUAAGAAGAACAAGGCAAGAAAUAAUGGGAAAUAGUGGAAACUUUAGACAGUCAAAAAUGGAAUAUGGAUUUAAACCACCUAUGGUGCCUUCUGUUCAAUAUGAUGAACAAACUGCAACUAAAGUGGAAUAAUUUGAAUAAAUUUAAUAAACUAUUAUUUUUUAAAUUUGAAAAUUCAAUUUUCAAAAAUUUAUUUAUUUUUUUUUUAU